GCUCUUUAAGCUCCGGUGCGCGACACAGAGCGGCCAUUCAUUGAAGGGCAAACCGAACGAGGGGGCAGGGGACGGAGCGCGAGCGUCACACCGGUGGACAGGGGAACGCACAAACUCGUGUGUUGAACGGGCGACCUCCUAAACUCUGCAUUGGUACGUUUUUUAACUUUAUUUUCCAUAUGAACAUAACAUAGACUUGUUUACGCUUUUGGGUGGAAUUUCUGAAAUAUCCUAAUCUUAUUAGCUAAGAGGUUUUUUUAAUUCCCAAGAUGAUGUUGGGCUGAGUUUUACGGGCUUUUAUCAGCUUUAGCCUUAAAAUAGGAUUAAAACAGUAAACUACAUAUUCUCAGAAUGAUUUAAAGAUAAAUACUGAAACAUUUAGGAUGUUCGUUGUUAAUGUUCAGUUUUCUUUAUGAACCUUGGUUAUUUGUAAAAUAGGUCAUAUUGGGUGAAGCAAACAUUCCUAUUAUUAGCCUAAAAUGACAAGAACCGGUGGAUUUGGUCUUCUUCUUAUGUAUCCUAUAAAUUGGUUCCAGUUGACAUAUAUUAGCCUAUCUUUCGUACAUUUUUUGUGGCCUAAAAUAACUGUAAACAAGACAACACUGUAUGAAUGCCUUUCUGUUCCUCUCAGAGCUAACGGUCAUUUCUAGGCCUACCAUUGUAAUGAAAAUAUCCUCUGGGAAUAGACGUUGAACUGACGUCUGUUCCCAGUGGGUACAGUUUCUGCCUUGGUCUAUAUAUGAUUUGUUUUAUAUAUAUUUUAAAAGUUGCAUUAAAUGGUGUCUGACUUCAUUGCCCAAUGUAAAAUGUGUUAAUUGCCUAAUUUUGUUAUAUUCUAUAUUAUUCAUUUCAGGCGACAUCGGUGGAAGUGAAUGGGAAGUGCAAAGGACAGGAUUUGGGUACAUUCGAUUACGCACGAGUAGGCUAUGGGUUUACGCGUGGCAUAUAGGAAGAAUUCCAUAUAAAGGAGCGAGUCCGGAGCACAUCUCACAGCUGUAGCCUAAAGUUUUGUAUUCUCUGAACAACUUGAUUAAUUUACCUAAUUUUCCUGCAAGGAUAUUUUUGUUGCCAAUCGAUAAUAGCCUAUACAUUAAAAUGUCUGGAGAGGAGCACAGCCUAUCCGAGGCAGAGUUGAGUCCCGGGGGCUCAGAUGAUGGUCACUCUCUGUCACCGGCACACUCCGGGGCCACCGGCGGCCGGGACUCCCCGCUCAUCGGUCCGUCGCAGCAACUGACGGGGCUUUCUGGCGCAGAUGGCGGCGGAGAAGAUGGUGGACUAGUGCCCAAGUCAGAGGUGGAUAUGGACCGGUUCCCCAUCGGCAUCCGCGAGGCGGUCAGCCAGGUGCUCGAUGGAUACGACUGGACGCUCGUACCCAUGCCCGUGCGAGUAAACAACGGGAACAAGAGCAAGCCGCACGUGAAGAGGCCCAUGAACGCCUUCAUGGUGUGGGCGCAGGCCGCGCGCCGUAAACUGGCGGACCAGUACCCUCACCUGCACAACGCGGAGCUCAGCAAGACACUUGGCAAACUGUGGAGGUGGGCAUUGGCAGGGAAUUGGAAUGAAUAGGCCUACGUGGGAAAUUGAUAAUCUAUAAACUACCCAUAGGCCUUGUUGGCGUUUGUGUGUAAUUGAAGCAUGACUCAUGCAGUAAAGUCCUACUUCCUUCAGAUACAUUUCCUGCCUGUAUUUUAUAAAUAUGUUUCUGAAAUUAAAGGCAUAUUAUAUAACCAUUAUAUUUAAGUUAUUUAGCAGACACACUUAUCCAGAGCAACUAGGGUUAAGUGCCUUGGUAAAGGGCACAUCUACAGAUUAUUCACCUAGUCAGCAUGGGGAUUCAAACCAGUGACCUUUCAGUUACUGGACCAACCCUCUUAACAACUAGGCUACCUGCUGCCCUGCCAUGACCAUGUUUUGUCCCACAGGCUCCUGAAUGAGAGUGACAAGAGGCCUUUCAUUGAGGAGGCGGAGCGACUGAGGAAACAACAUAAGAAGGACUACCCAGAGUACAAGUACCAGCCCCGCAGACGCAAGAACGGCAAGCUGGGGACCAAUGGUGAGGGAGGGGAGGGAGCAGAGGGGGAGGGCAGCCACGCCCAGCCCCAUUACAAGACCCUCCACCUGGAUGUGCACAGUACAGGGGCUGGGUCCCCCCUGGCCGACCUCCACCACCAUCAUCACCACCCUGCAGGUGAGCUCAACUUUAUUUGUUAGUGAAUUUACCCAAUACUCUGAGUAAGUCCUACUUCAACUAGCCAGGGCAAACAACAGGCCACCUGGUACCAAACGGCCUUCUGUAACCUCAGAGACCAAGAUGAAAACAGAACUACUGUCUCCAUUCGAAAUGUUUCACUUCUAUUGCUUUGCUGAUUGGUUGUCCCCUUUUCCUUCCAGGUCAGGGCCCGCCGACACCCCCCACCACCCCAAAGACAGAGCUCCAGUCUGGGAAGAUGGCGGAGGGGAAGAGGGAGGGCGGAGGUGGCUCAGGGUCCUCCCGUGGAGGAGGCCUGGGGGUAGGAGCAGAGGCCUCUGGUGGCCCUUCAUCAGCGGGCGGGAAACCCCACAUCGACUUCUGCACCAUGGACAUCGGCGAGAUCAGCCACGACGUGAUGGCCAACAUCGAGCCCUUCGACGUCAACGAGUUUGACCAAUACCUGCCGCCUAACGGGCACCCGGGGGUCGGCCAGGGCGGCGGUGUCACACCAAGCUCCUCUGCUACAUCCUACGCCUACGCCCUGGCUGCUGCCAGCGGUCACUCAGCCGCCUGGCUCUCCAAGCAGCAGCAUCAACAGGCCUCCCCCUCUGCCUCAGACCCCACCAAGGCCCAGAUCAAGAGUGAGUCCGGAGCCGGGAGCCACUACGCAGAGACCUCCUCCUCCUCGUCAGGAACCCACGUCACCUACACCCCCCUCAGCCUCCCCCACUACGGAUCAGCCUUCCCCUCGCUGGCCUCCAGGGCCCAGUUUGAGUACGGGGAGCACCAGGCGCCGGGGCCGUACUACGCCCACUCCAGCCAGGCCCCGGGGCUGUACUCAGCCUUCUCCUACAUGGGGCCCAGCCAGAGGCCCCUCUACACUACCAUCACUGACCCCUCCAGCGUGGCCCAGUCUCACAGUCCUACACACUGGGAGCAGCCUGUCUAUACCACCCUGUCACGGCCAUGAGAGAGACUGAGAUGCAUGGGAUAGGAUGUGUGCGUGUGUGUCUCUACACCACCAUAGAGAAAGACAAAGAUUGGAAGGGUGUAGGGCGGCUACUGAGUGUGUGUGUGUGUGUGU